UGCGACACAUUUAAUGCUUUCUGCACAAAAAUGUAUAAGUUGCUACAUACAUUCACGGAACAGUGCAUUUAUGAAGUUUGAUUUAAACGUUUACUUGAGCUGAAUGAUUGUUGAAGGUUGUUUGUCUCCAGAAGAGCGACACGUGAAUAAUGCAGAAAAUGAAAUGUAAAAAAUUUAAAAGAUUUGUCUUAUAUGUUUAUGAAAUAUAACCUGCCGAGUGGAAUGACACUUAAUGUUUCAACGCAGUCAAUAAUCUUCGCAAAGUGAUUUCACUUCACGAGGGUAAAGGAUUCAGUAAGAAGAUACUUCAUUCAGUAUAUCUACUGCAUUGAAUGAAGAAUGACGCGAUAAGUCGCACAGAUAACAAUUAUUUGAGAAACAAUUGGUGAUUUUUUUUUUCAAUUUUGCUUUUAAAAGGCAUAUGUCAGCAUAAGGACGUGAAACAUGUCUGUGUCAGCCUCCAGGAAUGCGCGGCGGAAGUCCAUCACUCGGGAGAUCUACCGCCGCCAAUCACGGGAGCUCCACGUCCUCGAACCCGGGCACCCGGAGCUUGCACAUGGCGGCGGCAAACCACACACAGAGCGGACGAGGCGCCACUCGGGACCCAAACCCCACAUCCUCAAGCGCUUUUUCGCCUCCAUACCGGAAGCCGACAGGAAAUAUCUGCCGGUGCCAAAGUCAUUUCGUAAAGCCCAGGAAAUUAAACGAAACUAUCUCAACCUCUUUCUCGGGGCACUGUACAAGCGCGUGCCGAUCAUAGAAUUUGUAAAAAACUACAACUUCCGGGAAAAUCUAGUGGCUGAUCUUGUGGCAGGGCUUGCAGUGACGGGGUUGCACUUUCCCCAAGGUCUGGCCUACGCGAUCCUAGCGGGCCUACCCCCGGGUAUCGGCAUGGUGUCAACCAUCUUCCCCGUGCUGAUCUACAUGCUGUUCGGCUCUGCGCCGCACACCUCAAUAGGUACAAACGCCAUAGUGUCCAUCAUGAUCGGCGACAUGCUGCUAGAGCCGGCCAUGAAGGCGAGCAUGGCGGCAGCAGGCGGACAGAACCCGGUAGUAGAGCUAGACAUGAACGGUACACUGCUAUCUAACACGACCGCAGCCGCGGCGACAUACGACGUGAAUGAGGACCUGCACUCGGGCUACAUGGAACAACGGAUUGCGCUGGUAGCCGGCUCCACGUUCUACUGCGGCAUCAUCUUCCUGCUGAUGGCCUUCUUCCGGAUGGGUUUCCUGGUGACGUACCUGUCCCAGUCCUUUAUGAGCGGCUUCACGACCGGCGUCGCCGUGCACAUCUUUAGCAGUCAGAUUAAGACCGCACUGGGCGUGAAGUUGCCACCGGCGGAGGGGGCGGGCAAGCUAGUCAAACUUUAUUAUAACGUCUUUGCACACAUCACGUCUGUCCAUAUUGCCGAUGUCAUUGUGUCAGUUGUAUGUAUCAUUAUACUGCUCAUCGUGAAAAUAUGCAUCAACGAACGACUCAAAUUGCGAGUUGCAAUUCCGAUUGAUUUUAUUUUGCUUGUGGUUGUGACAAUCAUCUCCUACUUUGCUAAGCUUCCCAGCAACUUUGCUGUUAAAUCGAUCGGGACGGUAGAGCUUGGAAUCCCGACGCCGAUCCUGCCGGCCUUCAGUCCUAUAGGACCGCUACUCGUGUACUCGCUCCAGAUCGCCCUCGUCACCUUCUUCCUCAACAUAUCAGUUAUAAAGAUCAUUGCCCGAAGAAAUGGCUAUGAGAUAAACGAAAACAUCGAGCUCAAUUCGUACGGUAUGUGUAACAUUAUUCCGGCUUUUUUUUCGAACAUUCCGGCCAGCAUAGCCCCGCCAAGGGCGUCCCUACUCUCCAGUAUGGGAGCAAAAACAACUUUAAACGCCACGUCAACGUUUGCCAUUAUGUUGUUGCUCAUCUUCUAUUUCGGCCAGUUUUUUGAGUCGUGUCCGAAGGCGGUGCUCGCUUCCAUGAUUAUGGUCGCCAUGAAAGAUUUGCUCAAGCAGGUAACCAUCCUGCCAAAACUUUGGAAAGUGAACAAAAACGACUUUACGACAUGGCUUAUCGCGGCUACGGCAACUGUAUUUAUCGACAUUCCGUACGGCCUUGCGCUGGGCGUUCUCGUGUCGCUCCUGUCUGUCAUAAACCAAAGCCAGCGCGGCUGGGUGGCCACUAUUGGCAAGUCGGACUCUGAGGAUCUGUACCUAGAUGCGGAGGACUACGGUGCCAUCCACGAAAUCCCUCGAGUGAAAAUCGUCCGUAUGGAGUCCUCGCUGUACUUCGCCACCGCGGAGAAGUUCCGGAAAAGCAUGUACAAGAUCAUUGAAAAGGACUCAGACAAGUACGGAGAAGAAUCGGAUGAGGAGGCGGAUCACCACGAGAUGAAUGGCAUCAAGACGGAAAUGAGCGGCGCGACACUGGACUCGAUGGUGAAGCAGCACCCGGACACUAUCACGGAGGACGACGAGGAGAACGAGGAGUCCGCCCUCAACCAGGAGAAAAAGCAGGCGGAUGAGAAGGAGAAAGGCGAUCAGUUCCGGAUCAAGGUGUUAAUCAUCGACUGUAUGCCCAUCAACUUUAUCGACGGCACGGGUCUCGAUAUGCUGAAGCUUGUUAUCUUCGAGCUGAGCUGCAUCGAUAUCCAAGUGUACCUGGCGCGCUGCUCUCGCUACAUGCUUCAUCUGAUGGAAAAGUCAGAUGUCUAUGACGGCUUCUCCCGCGACCACGUAUUUAUCGACUUGCCAGACGCCGUGGACUUCGCGCUGCGUCAUCUGGAUGGCGACAAGGAGCCGCUAGAUCACCAUGUGGUCAACAUGAAAGACGAGCAGUCCCUCUCCAUCCCUUCCCGCCACUCCCACAACCGGCUCCACUCCAUACACUCCCUCCACUCGGACUAUGAAAACUUUAUUCACAGAAACAGCAUAUUCAAGCCGUACUCGUAAGGGACAUAUUGCACUCAAACUUGACACGGUUUGAAUUAUAACUGUUUUGUGCGAAUAUUUGUUUCACUUAUUGUCAGAGAAGAAAGUGGAAUGUAUAUACGACGAUGAUUUUCCAUAGUUGGACUUGAGUAAAACCUAAUUUCAAACAGGAUUUUUUGAUACGCUAAAUGUGUCGAAGUCUUUCUAUAUUGUAUAUAGUUGUUUACUGCGCAAAAACUAGAUUAAGUGGCUUGUAUCAGUAAAACUGCGUUGAGUGAUGGGUUUCAUAUCAUAUAAGCUUUCGACCGUUUAUUUUUGUAAAGUUUUAACAUUUGGAAGAAAAUGGUAAAAGGCU